GUCUGCUGACACUGAUGCCCAAAGCAGGGAAACAUGAGCCCAUCCCAGAGGCUGGAGCCUGCACACCAUCACCAGGAUAUAAAAGAGCCGGCGGCUGCAGAGAGACGCUCACAGAGACGCUCACAGAGACGCUCAGAGAGACGCUCACAGAGACGCUGACGUCCCUGCAGGACACCAGAUCUGGACAUCAGGCUGUCUCACAACUUCCAGCUUCAUCAGGAUGGGACUGCUGAGCGUGGAGGAGCUGGUGAGCGGUAAGAGGUCAGAGGGCAAAGAGGCCGGCGGCUUCCAGGGCGGCGUGUACGAGGCGGCCGUCAACCAGGAGAAGCAGGAUGACCGUCGGUCGCUCCAGGAGCCGCCAGGGGCCUCGGAGGAGGCCGACAGCGGGAGCGAGCAGGAGGAGGUCAGCGUGGCGGCUCUGAAUACGGAUAAAUGCGGGAGGCUGAAGCUGGAGACGGUGGAUGAUCUGUUCAACAUCCUGCAGCUGAGGAAGAGGAGGAAGGAGAGGAAGUCAUCUGUGUACAAGAAAGCUGAACCAGAACCAGAGACGGUGCCGGAGACGGUGGACGAGCCGCUGUUCCUCGCCGCGGUCAUGGACAACAAGCUUCCUGUGGUGGAGAAGUACCUGGCAGACGGAGGAGACCCCAACGCUGCCGACAACUUUCAGAGAACCGCGCUGCACAAGGCCUCCUUCAAAGGCCACGUGGAGGUGAUGGGGAGACUUCUGGAGGCCGGAGCCGCCAUCGAGCAGAAAGACAAGCUGGAGGCCACGGCCGUGCACUGGGCCUGCAGGGGAGGCAGCCUGCCGGCCCUGCAGCUCCUCCUCCACCGCGGAGCCAGGUUGGCCUGCAGAGACAAGCUUCACAGCACCCCUCUCCACGUGGCGGUGAGGACCGGACACUGCGAGUGCGCCGAGCAUCUCAUCCACUGCGGCGCCGACGUCAACGCCAGAGACAGGGACGGAGACACGCCGAUGCACGACGCCGUCAGGAUAAACCGCUUCAAGAUGAUCAAGCUGCUGAUGAUGUACGGCGCCAGCCUCGGCACCAAGAACAGCGAUGGGAAAACUCCCCUGGAGACGUUGUAUUCAUGGCAGAACGGAGCCAAGAGCCUCCUGUGCAACUUCACCGAGGAGAAGCCCUGAUCUCCUGGAACAUCAGUGGAAACCAGCGGAGGACUCCUCUGGAGAUGUUUGACCUCCAUCAGACCGUUCUUUGAGUUAAAUCCUGUGGACUGGGUCUCAGUCAGGGACCUUUGAUCAACAACCAGGAAGUGAUUUCAGCUCUGAUAGGUUCUCUGUCAGCCGGACGCUGCUGGUCAGCGUAUCAGCCGACAGACGGAAGAAGAUUUAUUUAGUUUUUAUUGAUUUCACUUUGAAGCUGAGUUGAAUUCAGUGACGAAGCACCGAAAGGGAGUUUAAAUUAUUGAUGAAAAAGACCUUUAUUUAUUGCCAGAUGUGUUGUGGUUGUGUGUUGUGGGAAGCAGAUUUUCUUGAAGAGACAUAAGUCAAAGUAAGUUUUACCUUCAGGUUGGACUGGAUCUCUCUCCUUUCCCUUCUGGUUUCUGUUCCUGCUGAGGAUCAGCAGAUGUAAAGCUGCAGAGCAAAGCUGCCCUGCUCCUUUUUAUUCUUCUGUUAAAGACCCUAAAGAGAGGCACAGAGCGGGACGUAGACGAUGGUUCAGAGGACGUUGAAAGGAAUUCAAGUUGUUCUAAAUGUGUAUUCUAAGAUGUCUGUAAACGUUGUUUUUUUAUUUAUUGAUUGAAAUAUAAAUACUUAAUAAAAUUGCCUUUGAUUUAA